AUGGAGCUGAACCACAUUAGCGUCGUUCAAGUACCCAGAAUCGCCGCAGUUUCUACGUCUUCUCCCUUCUCGAAUCGGAUCGUCCUCGGCGUCAAGGAAAACCUUAAAUGGACUUCUCAGUUUGUAUUUUAUCUUUCUUUUUGUUAAAAAUUUCUAGCCUUUUUCAUAGCUCAUAAUUAUUACCGGGGUAUUUGAAGGAGCAUAACAUUCGAAAAGUCUCGAAGCGACGAGUUAUGUCGAGCGUUGCUUAUAGAAAACUUCCGCGCUUUUGAACACUCAAAUAGAGAUAAGCGUUUUCGAUCCCAAUAUAUCUUGACCGAAGAGCGCUCCAAGAUCUUCAGUAGCCUGAGAUAGCAGUUUUGUUGAUAAGAAUGAUCCCGUUUGGUCAAUAUUUAUUCCUACCCCCAAGAAUAACGAAAAGUUAGCGAUAAUGCCAUGAAAGACUGCCAAGGCAAUUAAAUUUCAACGAUAAAACCGUUGUUACAAAGAUAAGAGAGAUAAGCUGUAAGCUGCCAAUGAACGUCUUCUGCGUUUAUCAUUGGAAUCGGCCGCGUGCUUGCAAUCUUGUUAUUUUUUUUUGCCUCCCGAGAGGUCUUUAUAAUUCCAAUAACUUUCCUUGGAACUCGGACAAUUUAUUUCAUCCCUACGAAAGGUGUAAGAGGAGUAUUCUCGGACGGUCUGGUUUUCAUUUGAAAAUCUGAAUUCAGAUGGCCAUCAUUCUUGAAAUUCCGAUUGAGAAAGUUUUUGACAUGUUUGUACAGCAUAUCAUUGGAAAAAAUUUUUGCCGAGAAACUAACCUUUUGUGGUCGCGAGAGGCGUGGCCGGAGAGAAACUAUCGGAUACGAUUUAUGACUCUCAAACUGUUGCAUGAUUCAAUUAGCCUUCGCCUCCUAGUACACAAAUCACCCAAUGUCAUUCGGUUCUCUCACUAAGUUAGUCUUUUUUGGUUUCGACUCCUUAAUCUUGCACCUUUUCUUUCUCUCGAACUAGCCGGAAAUAUUAUUGGAUCUUUGGAGCUUAUUUUCACAAAUCUCCGUUUUUAUAUCUUUUUCUGCGCUUUUUGAGAAUAACCUCUAAUUACCUUCCCAAUUAUAAACAUGUACUCUUUCGAAUUUCUUACUUUUCGAGUUUUUCAGCAACCCAAAAAGAAUGGGGUCAGCCCUCCAGACUCACCAGUUCACCGUCCUUCUCCUUCUACUGCAGGUUUGUUCAUCAAAACACGAAGUUUUCAAAGCUUUGAGCCGGUUUUUUUUCCUGACUGUAAUUAAGGAGUGCAAAGCUUUAAAAAAAUAAUGACAGUCUCCUCUGUCGAAUAGUAUUAAAAGGUGAUUUUUGACUUUUGAGACAUUUUAGGGAAGUGGCUUGCGGUCCCUAACUGUAGUGAGCAAAGAUUCUUCUUUCUUGUGGAACUUUAUACAGCUUUUUUAAGAUAACUUUUUUUGUACUGUUUGCCAAAUUCGGCAAAUAUGCUCGGUCGGCGAUGCCGGACGCUACCCCGCAAGACCUCGAAGGAGCCCGCAUGACCAGCCUCUAUCCAAGUUAUUAUUUCAUUUUCUGCGUUUGAAAAAAAGAACAUUUUCAGUGUUCCAAGACACUCACGUGAUGAUUUUCAUCGGAUUCGGAUUCCUCAUGACUUUCUUGAAGGUUGACUCAAAAGAGGAGGGAAACUCAAGCGAGAUCUUUGCAGAGGUACGGCUUCUCGGCCGUUUCGAUCAACCUACUGCUUGCCUCGUUCACCAUUCAAUGGGCGAUGCUCAUCCGCGGCUUCUUGUCCCUUGAAGAUGGUCACUUCACAAUCUCUCUGGAACAGUUAGCUUUAUUUUUUUUUUUCAUCAAGAUUAUAGUCAAGGAUGGCUUCAAUGGAACACAUCUGAUCUAAAUAUUGGAAACAGCAUAUUCACAGCGAAAUAUCAAACUUAAUGUUUGGUGAUUUUCAUGAAAGCCUCAUGGCUCAGACUUGAACAGGACAAAUAAAAAAAAGUUUUUUUUCAGGCUUUUGACGGCUGAUUUUGCGUCGGCUGUCAUCCUCAUCUCUAUGGGUGCCAUGCUUGGAAAACUUUCACCGAUGCAAUACAUUCUGAUGUCCCUUCUGGAGACGCCUGUCGCCAUCGUCACCGAACACGUCGUUCUGCAUCACUUUCACGUGCUUUUUUGGUCCGAAGCGUAAAGUUAUUUCCAUUUUUCAGGUCAACGACGUCGGAGGAUCGAUCAACGUCCACAUGUUUGGAGCCUACUUUGGACUCGCCUGCGCCAAGGCGUUUGCGAAAAAGCCGCAAAGAGGCCACGAAAACGAGGGCUCCACCUACCACACUGACAUCUUCGCCAUGAUCGGCUCCGUUUUCCUGUGGAUCUUCUGGCCUUCGUUCAACGCCGCAGUCGCCGCCACAGAAGAAGCUCGUCAGCGAGCCGUUGCCAACACUUUUCUCUCACUCGUCGCCUGCACCGUCAUGACUUUCAUCGUGUCGCAAGCUCUGGACAAACAUGUGUGUCGAGGAAUAGUCGCUCUGUUGUGAAACUCAAAGUUUGUAGCGCCGUUUCGACAUGGUGCACAUUGCCAACUCGACGUUGGCGGGUGGAGUUGCUGUCGGAACCGUCGCCAACGUCGUCGUCGAGCCUUACCACGCGCUCUUGAUCGGUGCGGCGGCUGGAACCAUCUCCGUCAUUGGCUACAAGCUCAUCACGGUGAAUCAAGAUUAUAUAAAAAUGAGAGAAUUGACGACUGUAUAGCCUCGGAAACUGAAUUCUAGUCUUUCGCUAAACGAUUCCGAUUGUUCAGCCGUUCUUGUCCAACAAGCUGGGAGUUCACGACACUUGUGGAGUUCAUAACCUUCAUGGAAUGCCCGGAGUACUGUCUGGACUGGUCUCUGUUCUUUUGCUUCUGACCGGAAACCCCAAGGUAGAACUGGGAACGACGUGAGUAACCGAUGACUAGAUUAAAGAAAACACGUGUUUUUUGAAGCUACUCGGUUGUCUAUCCAGCAAUGGAUGAGCAAGGUCAGAACAUCUCCGCCUCCGCUCAAGCAGUCAACCAACUGGUCGGCGUCGGAAUCGUCCUUCUUGUUUCCGUAGUUUCUGGCUUUAUCACCGGUUCGUGAGAAUUUUGUGUAGUUUAUAGAUUCAACGAGAAAUUUUAGGUUUCAUCCUAAGACUGAAAAUUUGGAACCAGGUCCGUGAUACCGAAUAUUUUGCCGACGGAGACUUUUUCGAAACGCCCGGCGACUACGAUUUCACUUCUCGAGUAAGCCCAAAAUGAAAAAAAAAACUCAAUUGUUACUUCAGAUUAUUUCUUCCAUCGACCGCGUAGAGGUCAACGAAUACCAGCCGUUGCCCCAGAAAACCGUCUAA